UAAUAGAGUGUCCACGUACCGAUAACUCUUCCGAGAAAAGUCAACCCUGCGGAGGUCAUGGCAUCUAAGGUUGCCACUCAAACAAUAAGCCAGGGCCUGAAGAGAGCCAAGCCAAUAUUAUCGGUUGACAAAGCAGACGCAAAACGCCGUGUACUAAAUCUCUACAAACAAUGGUACAGGCAAAUCCCGUAUUCAGUGCAAGAAUAUGAUCUACUGCUUACAGAAAAAGACUGCAGGGAUAAACUCAAAGAGGAGUUCUUGAAAAAUAAGAAUGUCACUGAUAUACGAGCAAUUGACUUAUUAGUUAUUAAGGGUCAAAUGGAAUUGAGAGAGAUCAGUAACAUAUGGAAACAAAGAAAUCAUGUGAUGAUGUACUUUAAAGACACAUGGAACGCUAAACCUAGUGACUUUUUGUCCAAGUUUUAUGAGGGACAUCAGUGAUGAGAUUUCUUGUAGGAUUUAUGAAUAUACAUAUUAUUAUUUUAUGAAUAUAGUUAAGAAAAAUACA